GACCUCGACAGGAGUUUCUCACUUUCAAAGGGCCAGAGUUGUUUGGUGGGAUUCCAAUGUCACAAAGGAUUAAGAGGUGUGCACACACAGCACAAAUGUGUGUGCAUGUGUCCAUUGUUACCAGAUACUAGUAGUUUGUUUGUUCUCAUGUCAGAAGCAGAGAAACAUGUUGAAGUUGUAGGACAGAGCUUUACCCUGUCGAGGAGGCAAAUUGUGAUCUGGAGUGGACUGUAACCACGGGAGACACCUAAUUCCAAAGGAUGAGCUGCUUCCAGACUUUGACAGAUCAACUACAGACCUUGAGGAGUCAUUUACCCCCCCAUACCAUUGAACGGCAAGAUGGAAACACAUGCAAGGACAGUCAUCAAUGCAAGACCACUGUAAGCUUUAAAAGUUUGAAUUUCUUCAAUAUAACAUUUACGUCAUUUAGCAGACGCUCUUAUCCAGAGUGACUUACAAAUUGGUCCAUUCAAUUUAUGAUAGCCAGUGGGACAACCACUUUUUUUUUCAUCUUUUUUUUGGUGGGGGAGGGGGGAGUAGAAGGAUUACUUUUAUACUAUUCCAGGUAUUCCUUAAAGAGGUAGGGUUUCAAGUGUCACUAUUAACAACCUUUUAUUGUGCUUAGUAAACCAAAUCAGGGUAUGUUUUCCACUAAUAAAGCUGUGGAAUAGGACAGGGAAACAUGAGGUCCUGAAAGCUUUAAAGUUUGAAUUAAUUAAAUAUAACACUGUUAACAACCUAACAAUCUCUCGCUCUCUCUUUCUCUCUCUCGCUCUCAAGCAUGUCUGAUCAAUUUGUGUGUGUGUCUUUGUAAUAUAUCCGAUCACUGUAGCGUCCGGCAGGGAUUCCUCUGUCCAGGAAGCUGUGCUAUGCCGUGGGAGGUGUGCCAUAUCAGAUUACUACGGUUGCCAUGGGCUUCUCCUUACAGAUUUUCCUGCUAGAUGUUGUACAGGUCAGUAAUGUUACUCAUUGUCUGUCUGUCUGUCUGUCUGUCUGUCUGUGUACAGUCCACUGUCUCAUGUCUGUCUGUGUAACCUCUCUAGGCUGGAGUCUCUGUCUCUAUCAAAUCAAUCAAAUGUAUUUAUAAAACCAUUUUUACAUCAGCAGAUGUCACAAAGUGCUUAUACAGAAACCCAUCAUAAAACCCCAAACUGCAAGCAAUGCAGAUGUAGAAGCACGCUGGCUAGGAAAAACUCCCUGAAAGGCAGGAACCUACGUAGAAACCUAGAAGAACCAGGCUCUGAAGGGUGUCUGAGUCCUGUCUGUCCCUGGCUCUUUUGCAGAUCGAGGCCUUCUAUGUUUCUCUGAUCCUGUUUGUGAGUCGGGCCUGGGAUGCUGUAACGGACCCACUGGUGGGGUACUUGGUGAGCCGCAGUAGCUUGACACCCAUUGGCAAACUCAUGCCAUGGUCAGUGGAUCUCAACAAUGCCUCUUCCAUUUUGAUAUUGAUUUUGGCCAGUGCAAUCCAUUCUUGCUGUCCUUCUCAGAGCAUCCCUUUCUGUAUUUUUGUGUUUUUCAGGGUGGUUCUCGCCAUGCCUUUUGGGGUCCUCUCCUAUGUCCUGCUGUGGUUCAUGCCCCAAGGCUCCAUGUCUCAAGCCUUCAGUGUUCCCUGGUACCUCACAGCAAGCUGCCUGUUUGAGACUCUCAUGACUGUAAGAUCUACGAUCUCAUCCACUGGAUGAGACAUUUCAGCCUGUUAACAUCAAGGCUGUUCUACUCUUUCUUCACAUACAGUAUGACCACUCAGCCCCAUCUCCAAGUCUUAAUCAUCUAGUCUACAUCCUCAACCCUUGCUUGCCUUGCUCCAUUUCUAUAAUAAUAAUAAUAAUAAUAAUAAUAAUAAUAAUAAUAAUAAUAAUAAUAAUAAUAAAUGCCAUUUAGCAGACACUUAUCCAAAGCGACUUAGUCAUGUGUGCAUACAUUUUUCACGCAUGAGUGGUCCCGGGAAUCGAGCCCACUAUUCUGGUGUUGCAAGAGCCAUGCUCUACCAACUGAGCUACAGAGGACCACUUACUGUAUCAUAAUUACUACUGUAUGUAUCCCAAACAAAUCACUUAGCUGCUUUCUGUAGUCUGAUCUCUGCAGUGUUAUCAUUGCUGCCUCUUGAUAAUGACCACUUUCCUUUAGGGCAUCACUAUGGUUACUGUGUGCCAUACUCUUCCUGUGUCAGUGUGACCAUGGUUACAAGGUGCAAUUAUUGACUCACAGUACAGUAUCACAUACCCCUUUUUUUUGCACCGUCACCAUGGUUUCUGUCUCUUUCUCCUGACAGUGUUUUAAUGUGCCUUACCUUUCGCUGAGCAUGUUUUUGGGUGGAGACCAGAGAGAUAGAGACUCUGCCACAGCCUACAGUAAGAGCUUGACAUCCACUCUCUGGCAAUUUUUUAAAAAUCUUGUAAUGAUGAAUGGCAUACAGUAAAAAUGGAUAAAAUCAUACAUUCUCUCUCUCUCUCUCUCUCUCUCUCUCUCUCAGGGAUGAGUGUGGAAAUGCUGGCGAUGCUGGUGGCCUCAGUGAUUCAGGGUCAGGUUGUGGCUGUAUAUAACACAGAGAGGGCUGGGGCCUGUCAACAGCUGGACCAGAUCCAGGAGCUGCCUCACAACACCCCUGCGCCACAGGCAGAUACACUACAGGCCACGGUACUACCACUAUGCGUCACACAGCAGGGCUUGGUGCGAGUAACUACUCUCCAGUCACAAUCACUAACCCAGCACUGACACACACACUGAUGAACAUAACACUCCUCUACUAUGUUAGUUUAGCAGCAUUUCUUUGUCAGUGGAAGUGAACUUACCUAGUCCCAGGGAUAUCAUAUUACACAGUAAUUAACUGUUCUUAGCGUGUGUGUGCAUGCUCAUGUAUGCGUGUGUACUUGCGUCCGUGUGUCUUUGCAUUUCAAGUAUGUGCGUUUGUCUUGUUUGUUUACCCAUAGGCCUAAGUGGUUUUUUAUGUAUAUGCAUACAUGUGAAUCAUUUGUUUGUGUAGCUUUGCUUACCUGUGAGGUUUUGUGUAUCUCUCCCUAGCGUAAGGCUUUCCUGACCUCAGCGCUGGUCAUAGGCGGGCUGUUCUUCCUCUGCUGCCUGGUCCUCUUCCUGGGGGUGAAAGAGCAGCAUGGUGAGUCAAGGGUCAGAACACUAGAGUUGGGGUCAGUUUAGAACUGCCAGAGCAAAGCACAGGGGAGGUCAAGGUUCAGUAGAAUGUGUUCAAGAGUCUAGUUCUGGGAGGUGGGCUAAAUGAUGUGCUUGGAACUAAAGUUUUGCAGAAGUCACUUUUGACAUAAAUCACAGUAACUAUUUUUUGAAUUUAUUUUUUCUACAACACCAAAUACCUCUCUCUGAUUUUCUCUCCAGCUCCCCUCUAUAGUCCGGCUAGAGUGCGUCUGUCCUAUCUCACCACACUAAAGAUGCUUGUGUGCCACAUUCCUUACCAACGACUGGUCCUUGGCCUCCUCUUUGCUGCACUUGCCUUCCAGGUAAAUCCUUGCCUGGACUGCAUCCAAAUAGAUCAACUUAUACAUCUUGAACCCGCUAAUGCACAUUUGUCCCUUUUAGAUGUCUUUGGGGAAUUUUGCACUGUUCUGUACCCAUGUAGCUGGGCUUGGGGCCCAGUUCCAACACCUUCUCCUGGCUCUGCUGGUAAGACAGUUCUGUUCAGUUCUGUCGACCUCACACAUACUCGUAUCACACACCCCACACCCUCUGAUUGGCCCAAUACACACACAGAUGACAGAACACAAUUGUUAUCUAAUCCGGCAUAUCAUACUCUUUAUGAUGUGAUAUAUUUAUGUGUAACUGGUAUUCGUCUCUGGAAGCUAACCGCUUGUCAUUUCCUUAUUAAAGGGAAAACUACAGCCACAAUACAUUCUCUUGUUUUUGUUUUAUAUAGUCUGUUUCUUCGUCCUAACAGAUUGCAGCCACUAUAGCUGUUCCACUGUGGCAGGCAAUCCUGGUACGAGUUGGGAAAAAGACCACACUUUUCAUCGGCCUAUUUGUGAGCACAACAUUGUUUGUCCCUUUAUGACAAUGUUUAUGCUGAAAUACUUACUGUGUGUGUGAAAUGUUUUUGUAUUUUUUAUAGCUCUUCAUCCCAGCUGUAACAAUCAUAGCUUGUGUACCCAGUAACCUGCCGGUCUUUGUGACCAUGUGUGUGAUGUUAGGAUUCAGCUUGGCAACAAUGUUCCUGCUGCCUUGGUGAGUCAGCGUACUCUGGCUCAGGGCCAUGUCUCCUCUCUGUACUGCACUCUGCUCCAGUUCUGUCUCUGCCACUUUUAAUGACUCUAAACACACACACACACACACAAUGCUAACAUUCAUAACCCCCCAUGACAGCCUGUCAAGUGUUGAAUAUUCUUAUAUGCUGAUUUGACACUCGGCCAGUUCACUAAUAUAAACUGUUUUACACUUCAAUCGAUUCACUCAGACAGUGUUUGGUGCAUAAUCUGUGUGUGGUCUGAUUUGCAAGGCAGUCUCUUAUUAUUCAUGUAGGUCCAUGCUCCCGGACGUGGUAGAUGACUUUGCCUUGAGAAACCCCUGCUGCAAGGACCUGGAGCCCCUGUUUUUCUCCUGCUAUGCCUUCUGCAGUAAGCUGGGGGGAGGCCUGUCUGUUGGAAUCUCAACCAUGACAUUACAGUGAGUCAUUCAUCCACCUACUCCUUCUCUCCCUCACCCCUUUUCUCCCCCUCAUUAUGUAAAAUAUAAUUUCAUUAUUACAGUGCAUUAGGAAAGUAUUUUCCACAUUUUGUUACGUUACAGCCUUAUUCUAAAAUUGAUUAAAUAUACAAAUGUCCUCAUCAAUCUACACACAGUACCCCAUAAUGACAAAGCGAAAACAGGUUUUUGGAAAUGUUUGCACAUUUAUUAAAAAUAAAAAAACAUGCCUUAUUUACAUAAGUAUUCAGACCCUUUGCUAUAAGACUCAAAAUUGAGCUCCGGUGCAUCCUGUUUCCAUUGAUCAUCCUUGAGAUGUUUCUACAACUAGAUUGGAGUCCAAAUGUGGUAAAUUCAAUUGGUUGGACAUGAUUUGGAAAGGCACACACGUCUAUAUAAGGUCCCACAGUUGACAGUGCAUGUCAGAGCAAAAACCAAGCCAUGAGGUCGAAGGAAUUAUCCGUAGAGCUCCGAGACAGGAUUGUGUCGAGGCACAGAUCUGGGGAAGGGUACCAAAAAAUUUCUGCAGCAUUUAAGGUCCCCAAGAACACAGUGGCCUCCAUCAUUCUUAAAUGGAAGAAGUUUGGAACCACCAAGACUCUUCCUAGAGCUGGCUGCCCGGCCAAACUGAACAAUCGGGGGAGAAGGGCCUUAGUCAUGGAGGUGACCAAGAACCCAAUGGUCACUCUGACAAAGCUCCAGAGUUCCUCUGUGGAGAUGGGACAACCUUCCAGAAGGACAACCAUCUCCGCAGCACUUCACCAAUCAGGCCUUUAGGGUAGAGUGGCCAGAUGGAAGCCACUCCUCAAUAAAAGGCAUGACAGCCCACAUGGAGUUUGCCAAAAGGCACCUAAAGAACUCUCAGACCAUGAGAAACAAGAUUCUCUGGUCUGAUGAAACCAAGAUUGAACUCUUUGGCCUGAAUGCCAAGCGUCACGUCUGGAGGAAACCUGGCACCAUCCCUACGGUGAAGCAUGGUGGUGGCAGCAUCAUGCUGUGGGGAUGUUUUUCAGCGACAGGGACUGGGAGACUAGUCAAGAUCGAGAGAAAGAUGAACGGCGCAAAGUACAAAGAGAUCCUUGAUGAAAACCUGCUCCAGAGCGACCUCAGACUGGGGCGAAGGUUCACCUUCCAACAGGACAACGACCCUGAGCACACAGCCAAGACAAUGCAGGAGUGGCUUCGGGACAAGUCUCUGAAUGUCCUUGAAUGACCCAGCUCGGACUUGAACCUGAUCGAACAUCUCUGGAGAGACCUGAAAAUAGCUGUGCAGCGACACUCCCCAUCCAACCUGAUGGAGCUUGAGAGGAUCUGCAGAGAAGAAUGGGAGAAACUCCCCAAAUACAGGUGUGCCAAGCUUGUAGCGUCAUACCCAAGAAGACUCAAGGCUGUAAUCGCUGCCAAAGUUGCUUCAACAAAGUACUGAGUAAAGGGUCUGAAUACUUAUGUGAAUGUGAUGUUUCCGUUUUUUAUUUUUAAGAAAUUUGCAAACAUUUCAAAUCUGUUUUUGCUUUGUCAUUAUGGGGAAUUGUGUGUAGAUUGAGGGAAAAAAUACAAUUUCAUCCAUUUUAGAAUAAGGCUGUAACGUAACAAUGUGGAGUGAAGGGGUCUGAAUACUUUCCGAAUGCACUGUAUAUGUUUCGAUCACCAUAUUAUUUCUAUGUAUUUAUGUUGUGUGUUUGUAUGCUUGUUUGUACUGCAGCUUUGUGGGGUAUCGUGCAGGUGCCUGUAGCCAUAGUGAGGACGUGGUGACUGCUCUUAUUGUGCUUUUUGCCCCUGUGCCCAUCACCCUGCUGCUGGUGGGGCUGGUCUUCUUCCACCUGUACCCCAUCAAUGAGGAUCGACGCCUCCAGCUCCAGAGAGAGCGAGGAAGAGUGUGAGUCAUUCACACUCCUAAUAGGCUGCCUUAGUGCUCCUACUCUGACAAUAGCUUCCUCUCUAAAUCCAACAUACUGCAUCACAACUUCCCUUACACAUUCCUGAGUUUAUGAUUCUCAAACAUCCUGCCCCACUCUUUAUUGACGUUUUGUAUGUGCAUGACGAUGAAUAUGAAUAUGUGUAGCCCUAGGCAACUAACUGUUUUCUUGUUUUCCCUCUAUUCAGUGUUGAAGCCAUACAUUCAACUGAUAUAGAAGAGGAGAUAGGAUCACACAUUCAUCAGUCAAGACACCAACCACAUGAGUCCAGUCUGAAGUCAAGUGGCGAGUCACAGCCAACUAAGUCCAGUUGUAUUUCAAACAAGUCUACCUUGAAAAGUCACAACCUCAGAGGCUCCAAAAAGUUAAAUAACCAAUCAAACAAAUCUGCUCAUCACAAUCCACUGGAGGUCAGGCCUGAUUUGAAUUCCCAUUCACAAGAAUCUAAGCCCAACUCAGAUCACCUUCCAUGGAAUUCUAGGCCAAAUUCUAAUCACUGCUCACAUAAAUCUGAUCAUAGGAUGUCUAACAAGUCUGAAGGAAAAUUUAAAAUUACAUGGGUCUAAAAAAUAAAAAUAAAUAAACCUAUCAUUAAAAUUAUAGACUGAUCAUUUCUUUGUCAGUGGGCAAACGUACAAAAUCAGCAGGGGAUCAAAUAGUUUUUUCCCUCACUGUAUAAGGUCCCACAGUUGACAGUGCAUGUCAGAGCCAAAACCAUCUCUGCAGCACUCCACCAAUUGGGCCUUCAUGGUAGUGACCAGAAUACUUUCUGAAGGCACUGUAUGUGUGGGAAUACUUGGGACAGAUUUCCUACAUUUAAAAUAAAUUUUAACUGAUUUUCUGAUGAUUGUACAGUCUUAUGUCCAAUAACGAUGUAUUUUUAUAUAAUAAUACUUUUCUGAGGGGCCAAAUAAAGUCACCAGUGGGCCGAAUAUCUUCUUUAUGUUUCUUGUAGGACUGUGUUCACCCGGGAUGAAGAAAUACAAAUCAAAUAUUUGGUGAUUUCUGUUAAGAAAAAAAGCUACAAAUGUCAAUAAAUACUACAUUAGAAAAUGUGAAUAUGUAAAACAUAAAAUAAUAAUCAUACACUUUCAAGAUAGGCGUAGACCUGCUAGAUCAUCUGACUAGCUAGGUUUCUGUCCAAUUGGCGACAGAUUUUCAUGCGAAUACUCUAGAAUCUGUAUAAAGAAAAUGUGCAUUUUCCCAACAAGGUGGGAAGAGCUUUUGAAAGGCUGAUUCUCCCCCAGCUGCAAAAGGAGGUAUGCUCUUAAACAGACCCACUCCAGUUUGCUUGCAAGCGGCACAGGGGUGUUGAUGCAGUUCUGUCCCUACUGCACUGUGCCUACACCCACCUGGGGAAGCCCAAGGUAUAAGUCAGGAUGGUAUCUUUGGAUUUCUCUAGUGCAUUUAAUACAGUGCAGCCUCACUUAAUGGGUCAAAAGCUCCAGAACAUGAAUGUCAAUCCACAUCUGAUUAUCUGGGUCCUCUCCUUCCUGACAAAUAGAGAACAGUUGGUCAGAUUCAAUGGUCAUUGCAGCUCGUCCAGAAUCAUCUCUACAGGCUCCAAUCUCGCCUGUUUUAUUCAACCUGUAAACAGACGACUGUAGGAGCUCAGACCCAGAGAUGAUGUUCAUGAAGUACUCGGAUGACACCGUAAUCAUGGACACAGCAGGCAACUCGGGGAAACUCCAGGCUUUCACUGUGGUGUAGCCAGAACUACCUGAACCUCAAUGCAACCAAAACCAAAGACCUGGUCAUUGACUUCAGAAGAGACCAACCUAGCAUCCAAGCGCUGGACAUUAACAGACAGAUCAUUGAGCGAAUGGAGGACUACAAAUACCAAGGAACCAGCAUUGACAACAAGCUCUCCUUCAAAAGAAACAUUGAACACAUUCACUCAAAAUGUCAACGCAUGUUCUUUCUACAGAAAUUGAUGAAGUUUAAUGUACACCAAUUCCCCAAGCAUUUUAUAUAUGCUUUAUAGAAUCCAUCUUAGGCUUUAAUAUUGUGGGGUGGUUUGGUGCUCUAGGGAACACAAGUCAGAACCCAUUGAACAGGGUAAUAAGAAUCAGUAGGAAGGUAAUCGGAGCAAGUCAGGAACCUCUCAGUGACAUUUACAAAAAACAAGUGAGGAAGAAGGGGGGAACAAAUAGCAUUUGACACCACACACACACACACACACACACACACACACACACACACACACACACACACACACACACACACACUGAUAGACCAAUAUAGCCACCUACCCUCCGGGCGCGGGUAUAGAGCUUUCCCAUUAAAAUCUAAGAGUUUGUGCCAACAUCCAUCAAACUCAUUAACUCUGUUUUUAUUUGUGUGUGUAUAUACAGUGGGGAAAAAAAGUAUUUAGUCAGCCACCAAUUGUGCAAGUUCUCCCACUUAAAAAGAUGAGAGAGGCCUGUAAUUUUCAUCAUAGGUACACGUCAACUAUGACAGACGAAUUGAGAAUUUUUUUCUCCAGAAAAUCACAUUGUAGGAUUUUUUAUGAAUUUAUUUGCAAAUUAUGGUGGAAAAUAAGUAUUUGGUCACCUACAAACAAGCAAGAUUUCUGGCUCUCACAGACCUGUAACUUCUUCUUUAAGAGGCUCCUCUGUCCUCCAUUCGUUACCUGUAUUAAUGGCACCUGUUUGAACUUGUUAUCAGUAUAAAAGACACCUGUCCACAACCUCAAACAGUCACACUCCAAACUCCACUAUGGCCAAGACCAAAGAGCUGUCAAAGGACACCAGAAACAAAAUUGUAGACCUGCACCAGGCUGGGAAGACUGAAUCUGCAAUAGGUAAGCAGCUUGGUUUGAAGAAAUCAACUGUGGGAGCAAUUAUUAGGAAAUGGAAGACAUACAAGACCACUGAUAAUCUCCCUCGAUCUGGGGCUCCACGCAAGAUCUCACCCCGUGGGGUCAAAAUGAUCACAAGAACGGUGAGCAAAAAUCCCAGAACCACACGGGGGGACCUAGUGAAUGACCUGCAGAGAGCUGGGACCAAAGUAACAAAGCCUACCAUCAGUAACACACUACGCCGCCAGGGACUCAAAUCCUGCAGUGCCAGACGUGUCCCCCUGCUUAAGCCAGUACAUGUCCAGGCCCGUCUGAAGUUUGCUAGAGUGCAUUUGGAUGAUCCAGAAGAGGAUUGGGAGAAUGUCAUAUGGUCAGAUGAAACCAAAAUAGAACUUUUUGGUAAAAACUCAACUCGUCGUGUUUGGAGGACAAAGAAUGCUGAGUUGCAUCCAAAGAACACCAUACCUACUGUGAAGCAUGGGGGUGGAAACAUCAUGCUUUGGGGCUGUUUUUCUGCAAAGGGACCAGGACGACUGAUCCGUGUAAAGGAAAGAAUGAAUGGGGCCAUGUAUUGUGAGAUUUUGAGUGAAAACCUCCUUCCAUCAGCAAGGGCAUUGAAGAUGAAACGUGUCUGGGUCUUUCAGCAUGACAAUGAUCCCAAACACACCGCCCGGGCAACGAAGGAGUGGCUUCGUAAGAAGCAUUUCAAGGUCCUGGAGUGGCCUAGCCAGUCUCCAGAUCUCAAUCCCAUAGAAAAUAUUUGGAGGGAGUUGAAAGUCCGUGUUGCCCAGCGACAGCCCCAAAACAUCACUGCUCUAGAGGAGAUCUGCAUGGAGGAAUGUGCCAAAAUACCAGCAACAGUGUGUGAAAACCUUGUGAAGACUUACAGAAAACGUUUGACCUGUGUCAUUGCCAACAAAGGGUAUAUAACAAAGUAUUGAGAAACUUUUGUUAUUGACCAAAUACUUAUUUUCCACCAUAAUUUGCAAAUAAAUUCAUUAAAAAUCCUACAAUGUGAUUUUCUGGAUUUUUUUUCCUCAUUUUGUCUGUCAUAGUUGACGUGUACCUAUGAUGAAAAUUACAGGCCUCUCUCAUCUUUUUAAGUGGGAGAACUUGCACAAUUGGUGGCUGACUAAAUACUUUUUUCCCCCACUGUAUCAUGUCACCAGAAUGAGACCCUCGAUAUUUAUUGGAAAGGCACAUCAAGAUCACAGUGCACUUUCACCACCCUGUGAAUUUCAUAACUUAUUUCAACUGUAGCCUAAUAAACUGCAUUGUUGGUCUCCUUUGGCAAAAUGGCAGCGUCCAUGGAAUUGUUGCUUGAAUCUGGAAGUGCGGCAAGGGAAGUGUGUGACAAUUAAUGGAAAAUUGUGAAAACAAGGAAUGGAACGAAACGAGCAAAAGUUGUAGUAGUAGAAGACAAGGAUCGGUCUAAUAAUGCAUUUCUUGUUGGACUUUUGGAAAAAUGGAUUUAAUCAAGGUGACUAAAAGCGGCCUUGUUUUGGUUAAUUGUGUCGAUGAAGAACGAAGGUUACUCACGUAACAACAGUUCUAUGAGCUAGGGACUAUGCUAGUCACUCAAUGGGAUAUUCUUACGCCUGGCGGCAAGAUGAGUCAAGAUAUUAAUAUCAGAGUAAUUCCGUGCCACGGGUGUGAUGCGCGUGCCCCCACCCCCUAAAAAUACCUGCGCGCGUAUCAUCACUUCCUCAAGACUCUUCCCGAGGCUACAAGGGAUCCAACAGCUAGACUAGCAUAGUCCCUAGCUCAUAGAACUGUGGUUACGUGAGUAACCUUAAUUCUAUUUUGCUUGAGGGACUACGCUAGUCACUCAAUGGGAUGACAAUACCAGAGUAAGUCGGUUCCCGUAGGGCACAGCCUAGAGCAACACAUCACCAUAGGUGCUUGAGGCAGUACCCGGACCAACCACAGGUUAGUUUUGGGAGGGAAGGGUAGCACCAAGCACAGCUGAGCUCACACUGUGAGGGUUAGCAACAUUCCCCCAGUAAAACCUGCAAAGGUACUGGGGGAUGCCCAGCUGGCAGCCACAGAUGUCAGAGAGGGGGACUCCCUUAAGCAGUGCCCAGGAGGUGGCAACUCCCCCGGUGGAGUGCGCUACCAUAAAGGAUGGGGCUGGGUGGCAGCUAGACUAUAUGCUUGCAGGAUGGUGUCUACAAUCCAAAGUGACAACCGUUGUUUUCAGAGAGGCUUACCCUGUAUCUCCAAAGCACACAAACAGCUGAUCAGAGCGACAGAUCGCCACUCCACGUACGCGUUUAGGGAUCUCACAGGACACAGAGCGCGUACAUCAACAUCAUGAGCCCCAGUUGGCAUGGAGGUGGAUAAGGCUGUUAGCACCAUUUCCCUGUUCAUGUGACCUGGGGGCAGGACCUUUAGUAGAAAGGCAGGACUAGGCCACAGAGUAACACUCGCCUUACCCGGGCCUAGAUGAUAACACUCAUCACUAACAGACAAAGCAUGGAGCUCACCAACCCUCUUGGUAGAGGCGAAGGCCACCAGACACGCUGUCUUGAGAGAGAUGUUUCAUGUCUAUAGCAUCUAACGGUUCAAAGGGAGGUCUGGAUAGUACUCCAAGAACCAGAUCCAAAUCCCAUUUGGGAUCUGAGGGGGCUAAUGAGGGGCAUAAUUGACAGACUCCCUUAAGAAACCUUGCCAUGGGCGGGUGGCUGCCAAGCGGACUAUCCUGCUCUUCAUCAUGACAUGCUGAAAUGGCUGCUGCGUAUAUCUUAAGUGUGGAUGCAGCCCUGCCAGCAUCGAACAAAGACGCCAAGAACUGGAGCACAGUUCUUAUGCUGCAAGAUUCUGGAGCAACCCACUGCUCCCCACACCACUGGCAGAACACGUGCCACCUCGUGUCAUAGGUUGACGUGGUGGAGGGGGCCCUGGAACUCUGUAAGAUGUUAACAACCAGACUGAACAGCUUUUUCGCUGUUCAGCGGCCAGGCCCACAGCUGCAGGCAGAAGGGAUUCGGAUGCCACAAUGUGCCCCCCGCCUGCGACAAUAGGUCCAGCUUC